AUGCCGGCACUUGCGGCGCCGCUCCUCACAGAGAGCGCUUUAGGCUCUCUGUCGGCAGCCUGCGGCUGCGCCGUUGCGUCGUCUGGGACAGUCAGAUCCCUCUGUCGUCGCGAGCGGCCUGCGACGCCGCCCUCGCCUCCCUCGGAUCCUCAUCCCACUCCGCCGCGGUUCGCUCUGUCUUGGUCUCCUUCUCUGUCUCGGCAAACGCGCCUUGUCUCUGAGCGUCUGGGCGCCGUUUCUGCGUCGUCGCCUGCUUCGUUCUGCCUGCCUGUCUCUCACCGACGCGAUGCGCAUGCUGGAGCUCUCGCCGCAGCUGCCAGCCCGUUGGGCUUCGGCGGCCUGUUCGCCCGGCGCGCUCGUCUCACUCGACGGCAUGACAGACACGAAUCAUGUUCUGCGCAAGCCUUUCCUCGCAGGGGAUGGCAUUUGCUUCCUCUCUCUUCCACGGCGUCUUCUUUAUCGUCCAGCGUCGCGGCGCUUCUUCAUUGGUCCCGCUUUCGUCCAGCGUCUCGCUUUGCCGCGCCGACGUCGCUCUUCGCGGCCGCCAGCCUUGACAUGCUUCCCGCGGGGCUUCAACGGGAUUUGACGGCUCGCGAAGGCCUUUCAGGAGCUGCGGAGGCGAGCCCAGGCUUCGCCUUCGCCUUGACGCAGCGCCGCGCCUUCGGGUCUCGCCGCGCCAAGACUGUGAAGCAGAUUUCAUAUCGCGCGCUGCGCCGCGCGAUCAACGAGUUCAAGCAGAGCGAACUGAGGGAGCAUCCGCGAGAGGCGGCGUCGGCGUUCCUUAUCCCCGCCGCUUCCUCGCGCCUUCUUCCUGGAGAAGGCGCGACGAAGGCGCUGAGCGAUCGGCCGCGCCUCGCAGACUCCGCCUCGCUGCCCCUACGCCCGCCGUCUGCGGCGGAUCUUCGGUCGUCCUACGCGGAUCCUCUCAAGUACUCGACCUCGCUCGUGCCCGCGCCGCUGCCGUCUCCGCCGCCAGUUCUGUUUCAGCGCACGGUGACGCUCCCGGCGAGCCCCGAGAAGGACCUUCAACUUCGGGCGCGGCGCCUGCCUCUGGGGAACGUGAAAAAACUCAAGAGUUUCGAGCUGACCGCGGCGCUCUGCACCUACGCUCAGGUCUACGUCCACCACGCGGCGCUGUGGACCGCACUCGUCAAGGAGUGCGACGGCCGCAGCGAGCAGUUCAGUCCGUCGGAGGCCUGUUGGGUGCUGCAUGCGUUUGCCCAGGCGAAAGCGAGACGCGAGAAGACCUCCGGGGCGCCGCGGCACGCGGGCGCCGACUCGGCGCCAGAUGGCGCUUCUCUCCGUCGGGCGUCGAGUCGUCUGUGCACGCACAUCGCGCGGCACUUCCGCUUCCUGUCGCUGCCCGAUGCCGCGCGCGCCCUGCACGCCGUGAGUGUGUUGCAGCUGCCUGACGUGCGGCUCUUCCGCCUCCUGUGGCCUCUCCUUCCGGAGCUUCUCGAGGAGUUCCGUAGCCAGCACCUCGCGGCGGAUUCCUCGCCGCAGCGCGCCCACCGCGUGCUGCAGCUCCUAGUCGCGGCGCUCGCGCACGAAAAUGCUCCGCACGCCGACGUCCUGCGCGCUGCAGGCGACGUCUACACCUCCCACAUCAACCGCUGGGUGGACGCCCAGCUCCAGCGCAUGCGCCAAGAAAAGAAGAGACUGCGGAGACGCUCGCGCGCGCUCGCUGGCUCGCGGAGCGGAGGCGCGGUCGGAGCGACCGAAGGCGCGCAAGUUGAGCCCGGCCCCGGAGACGCCGACGACAAGGAGACUUCGGUGAUCUUUCGCCUGUCAGACCUGGGCGACAAGAGUCCGCUUGAGCAAACGCAGCACAAAGGCGCUGGCGCGUCUGCAUCCGAGCAAGACGUGGACGCGCUGCUGCCCAUGCCGCGCCGCCUCGCCGCAGUGCUCGAAGCCUUCGCUCGCCUUCAGUACCGCCACGAGCCUCUCAUCGCUGCGACGCUGCGGCUCUUCCAGCUCUCCUCCGCGUCGCAGCCUCGUCCGUCGACGCCUGUCUCUGCCGCGUCCGAUGGAGCCGCAGCGGCGCGCCCGCUCCAGCCCAGCUCCGCCCUCUUCCAAAGAGGUCUCGAGGCGGCAGCGACUGCCCCGUCGCUCCAGCGGCCGGAGGAUUCCUUCUGUCCCGACAGGGGCGCUCAUGUGCAUCCGGGUGGAAUUGGUGCGCCUGAAGCCCUGUCUUCGGUGUCUCUGAAUCCGUAUCCGGCGCUGCCCGCUGGUGUCCCUCCUUACCGGCGAUCGGAGUCGCGUGGUGGCAGAGAGAGGGACGGGGGCGGAAACUGCUUGCCUCUCACUUCCUCCUUGUCGCUGGGAUCUCUUUCCUCUUCUGUCUCUCAGCCAACCUGUCUUCUCGCGCCUUCGUCGCCGCGGGGCGCCGCGCCUACUUCGGCGUCCGUGUUGGUGCCACGCGUGGGGAGUUCCGCAUUCCCUCCUGUGUCGGUAGAUUCUUCGCAGUCGCGGGCUUUGUCUCGCCGUCGCACCGGCGUCAGCCUUCCGUGGACGGGCGAGGCGGCUGUGGCUCGCGCGCUGUGUCUGUCGCCUCGCGCGCUGAUGCGGCGCAAGCGUGACGAAGGGCGGAAUCCUGCGUCGGUCUCGGCGUCGCCGCUGUCGCUCCAGCUGAAGCGCUUCGGAUUCGCGGGCUCGCCGUGGCAGCUGCCUUUGGGCGAGCGCCACAAACGCCACGCGCUCGCCGGGAAGCUGCGGAAGCGCGUCGACUGGAGGCGCAUGCUGCACGAGACGCUCGCGAGCAACGUGCUGCCUGGGCGGCGGUCACCGUUUCUGAGCAGCAAGCUCGAGAGGAGCAAAACGAAGUCAGCUGUGAUCAUGCAGCAGAUCGAGGCGAGGCGCGCCGAGAGCGCUGCGCUGGCGUUCCGCCAGAGACAGAAACCGUGGGUAGCUGCAGACCUCGGGACGGCGCUCGUGGCGCUGGAGGCGCUCGGCGUGAAGAGUCUGGGCCUGGUGCAGCUGUGGAAGCACGAGGUGUACGCAAACCUCCACCGCCUCUCCCACAGCGAGACGCUCGACGCGCUGGAGACCGCUAGACGAGUCGGAUGGUACAGCAGGGCGUUCGGGCAGCGGGCGUUUGCGCGCGUGGCGUGGUGCCUCAAGCCCGAGAGGGGCGGAAUUCGAGACGCGAACGAACUGGUUCGCGCUGGCCUGCUGCUCGCCGACUGGAGCAACAGCGACAAAGAAAUGCAGGAGGUGACGCGCACAGUCAAGAAGAAGAUGGCGGCCAUCGGGCGACAGUGGCUCAUGGAAGAGGAAGGCGAAGACGCACUCAGAGAAGUGUGCAGACACCUCGAGCGCCUAGGGCACAUCCCGCCUCCUUCGGCUUCGCUGCAGCUGUCGCGCAGUCUGGCUCACUCUCCGGCGACCGCAGCGUCGAGCCAUCUGCGACUCAGCGCCUCUGGGGCAGGGCCGCUCUCCACCGGCGCCGCUCUGCCGGCGGUCUCGCAGCUCACGAGCCCGCGAGAUGCAGCCUCUUCGGCGCGUUCGGACUCAGCGGAUGCGUCAGCUUUCCUGUCUUCGGCGGACGCUUUGUCCUCGUCAGGUGUCUGCAGAGGUCCUUCCCAUUUGCUCCCUCAAUCUGCGCAGCGGCCUGCACGCGCCGGCAGCUGGCCGUGUCCUCGGCGCCUCCCGCUUCGGGGCUUAGCGGGGAUUUUCCCCUGGAGGCCGAUUGAGGCCAUCUCCUCGGAGGCAGUGGCGCCAGCUCAUUUUCCCGCACUCCUGCACAUCACUGUCUCUCUCUUCCCGACCUCUCCGCCGAUUCCACUCGAGCUGCUCCUCCCGCGCAUUCGCCAGUGCGCGGUAGGCGCGGCUGUAUCGCUCAACACAGUUCACGACAUGCUCAGGGACCUGAACGCGUUGCAGCAGUUCAGGGCUGUCGCGCAUCGAUCCCCGGCGCGCGUGUGUCGCCCGAAUUGGGUUCAUUCCGGCGUGUCUUCUGUCGCUUCGCUCGCGCGUCGAGCUCCGGCUUCCACGUUUUUCUCGCCUGCGGCUGCCGCGUCGCCUUCCUCCUUUAUCUCUCCUUGCUCGUCGCCGCGCGGGCCUGGAUAUUCUUCCACAGCAUCGCUUGCAUGUGCAAAAGAAGCAGAGCCGCGAGCGGGCAUCCCCCGGGACGGGCAAGACCCUCGCGAAGCGAUACUCGAUCGGACGGAAGCUGCGUUGUGGCGCGUCGCGCGCCAGCGAGUCAGGCGGGCGGUUGCCGCAGUCUCUGAGAAUGGAAUGUCUGGCGGCGCAGCGGGCUCUGACGCGCCGGAUGCUGGAGAGGCCCUUGCUUCUCCGUCCCUUCAGGCAGGCGUGCCGCGGGAGGAAAAGCGAGCUGUCGGCCUCGAUGCCUUGAGGCAGACAGAUGUAACCCUGGAAGCUCUGGCUCGCCACGGAGCUAUGCUCAUUAGUCUGAAAAACGCGGCCGUGGAGGCUUCGGCCUUCCAGCCACGCCAGAGUUGCCAGCCCGACGCGGGGGAAAGAGACACCUGUUCGCCCGCCACCGCUUCAGGCACGGGGGCGCCCGGUGCCCUUGCCCCGUCAUCACCUGGGAACGUCGAGCGGAAGAGCCCACAGGCUCCUGUCUCCUCGCCUGAAAGGGAGAUGCAGCAAGGUUGCGGGGAGAAGGGGAGCUGGCAAGAGGGGAGGCCUGCUCGCUGUGUCGAAGGCGCAGCGCGCGCAGAGAGGGAGGCAGAAAGCGUCGCUGUGUUAAAUGCGGUACGGAGGAGUAUCCGGAUGCCUCCGGCGCUUCGGAAUACCUCCCAGGGAGGCCAGGAUGCUGCGCGUCACAGCGGGGCAAACGAGCCGCGCCUCGGAGAAGGCUGGACGCCCCAGAACGUCAAGGAGGCCGUCGCCGUCCUCUCUCUUGAGGCUGCGCCCUACACCGCAGGGCUUCUCAGGCCCGAGCCUUGUUUGUCCCGAAGGGUGUGCCGGACACCUAGAAAUCUGGAACAGAAUCCUUCAAACUCCACUAGCUGUAGAAACUGUGGCCAUGACGCACAGGGCGGCCCUGACGAGUUCGACAGACAUGACGUUAUGCCGGUAUCGCCUCGUCGGCGGGCACUUCCGCCCGCAUGCGCUUGUCUCGGCGCGGGCCCUGCAGAGGAAGGCUCAUGCAGACAGCCAUGGCAGCCCGCGAGGAAGUCAGCGGAGCGUGCCGCGCCAAACCGCGGCCAGCCAUCUCCUUCAGGAGACGGUCGCGGAGACGCCUCGAAGGAAGAUCCCCCCCCAAGUCGAGCUGCGUACUCUGGGAGCCAGCGCCGGACAUCCUUUUGA